AUGCGCUUUUCAAACACCGGUUUCAAAACCAUCAAUGCAUCAGAGGUGCUCGAGGAGGAACAAUUUGCGGAUUUCAAUAUGGGGCAAUACUACCCCGUCAACAUUGGCGAAACCUUCAAUUCCAAGUACCAAGUCGUUGGGAAACUAGGGUUCGGAGUCAUAUCCACUGUGUGGCUCGCUCGAGAUCUCAAAGCAUCAACAUGUGUCCCUGAAGGUGGAAAUUCAUCACAUCCAGGCUAUGGCCAUGUGAGAAAAGCGUUGGGGAUAUUUACCAUCCCCCGUGCCGGAGGGGACCAUUACUGUCUAGUCCAAAAGCCGACAAGGGAGAGCUUCAGGGAUCUCCUGUAUCGUAACCCGAUUCUUCGAUUUACUGAAGAACUUCUCAAAGCAGGCCUGAAGCAGGUUUUUCUCGUGCUCGAUUAUUUGCAUACAGAGUGCCAGCUUGUUCACACAGACAUCAAAGGAGACAACAUCCUCCAGGAGUUUGAAGACAUAUCGAUCCUUGACGCGUUUACUAAACCGAAAUGGACAACCCUUCUCCACGGAAAUUUAUCAGCGACGCACCGGUCACUCCCUCAAAUUACUACCAAGGCUCAUCAGAUCUGGGAUCUUUUCGAGGGUAGACACAUGUUUUACGGGAACGACCCAGUUGGGAAGGGAUAUUCAACACGCGCGCAUCUUGCGGAGGUGAUUGGGAUGUUAGGCCCGCCGCCCAUGGAUCUCCUCGGGCGCGGGAUACGUAGCCACGAGUUUUUUGCGGAGGAUGGGGCAUGGAAAGCCGAGGUGGACGUACCACAAGAUACGAGCUUGGAGAGGUCUGACGAGUUUCUGGAGGGAAAGAAUAAAGAGAUUGUUUUGGUUUUUAUGAGAGGGAUGCUGCAGUGGCGACUAGAGGAUCGGAAAACAGCAAAGGAACUGCUGGAGGAUCCAUUGCUGAAUGACCAAAUAGAUUGA